GUACCAAAAAUUCUUUCGUACGGACUGGCUCUCUCAUCGUAAUCCUAUUUUAACAGUGUACUCAUCAGUAAUCGAUUAAAUAGCACUUAUCGAUACGUUUGUAAAAUUGUAUGUGCAUUCGCCUUGCUCCAAUGUUUAUUGUUUUUGAAAGGGAUUCGAUGUUUUUGGUUGGUUUGCCGAAAUUGGAAUUUCACAAUAAUACAUGGAGGAGAAUGCGUGCACAGAAAUGAGCGAGUCCAAAAACGAAGUGGAUGGCGUAUUCUCUGUGCGGCUGGUCAUUGCAGAUUUCUACAUGGAAAAGCCAAUAUAUGGCUUUGAUCCAUGUUACUCAGAAUUUCGCGGCAAAGAAAUUAAAAGAGUACCCAUUAUAAGAGUGUUUGGGUCCAGCGCUGAUGGUCGCAAGACUUGUAUGCAUGUGCAUGGUGUUUUUCCGUAUUUCUACAUACCUUACGAGGCGAAGGAAUUUGAAUCAUUAAAUAAGGCAAUCUAUCAGAUCACUAGCAGUGUGGACAAGGCUAUUAACGUUUCUCUGGGCCAGGCGUGUUCUAGUGCGCAACAUGUAUUCAAGGUCCAGCUGGUUAAGGGCAUUCCUUUCUAUGGGUACCAUCGUAGUGAACAUCAAUUUCUUAAAAUUUAUAUGUUUAACCCUCGAUUUGUACGGCGCGCAUCGAAUUUGCUACAAAGUGGCGCCAUUAUGAAUAAGAACUUUCAUCCUUUCGAGUCACAUGUGCCAUAUAUUCUCCAGUUUAUGAUCGAUUAUAAUUUGUACGGCAUGAGUUUUGUGCAUGUGCCUUUGGAAAUUGUAAAAUUACGACAGACGGGCGACGAUAAUAAUUCGGGAGAUUUGCGCGUUCUGGAACAAAAUGAGCCACAUAGAAUUAUUGCACCUGUAACUAAAAAACAAUCAACCUGCUCACUUGAGGUGGAUAUUGGAUCCAAUUUCAUUUUAAACCGUUUUCAGCUCGCAAUGCGCAGCAACGAUAGCAACACUCAUUCUAAUCCAGGUAUUGAAGCUAUUUGGAAUGAUGAGCGCUUGCGUAGGCAGAAAAUGGCUGAAAGACUUCCGGGAGAUAAUGUGCCCAUUUUGGAGAUACCAACAUCUCAAGAACGUCCCAAUGUACAAUUAACAGAGUCCGAAAUUUUUCACAAAACAGUUUUGCAAAGCAAGUUAUUGGCUUUAGAUUUGACAACAACAAUUAGCAGCAGCCAACUAGACCAAACUGCAAAUUCCACGCUUCAGUCUCGUACUGCUAAUUUUACUUCAGACGAUGUUGGUGGCACAGAUCAGAAGCGUACAUUUAAUCUUCGCAAAGUCAUAGGAAAUGCUAUCUAUCCGGAAGAGUGCACACCAAACGAAAACUUAGUCGACGCCUCCUUCAUUGAGAACCACGUAUCGCACAGCGGCUUCCUGCAUAGUGGUUCAUUGGCACAUUCUGCAGUCAAACCGUCUGUAAGCCAUGAGACUGCUGCUCGUGGAGAUAGCAUUUUCACAGAUGACACGGUCAUGGAUGAAGAACUUAUUUUAAAUUUAACGACCGAGUCUCCAACACGAUUAAAUGCAAGCCUAUGCGCAGAGGACAAGGAAUUGCUUGAUGUACUACAACAGCUGGAAGAAUACGAGGAAGAUGAAAACCAAAUUGAUUUAGAUAGCACCUUAGCGCCUCUCACUCAAGCACAUAAAAAAUUCGAUCCGUCACCGGAGUUAUUGGACAAGCAAGUGGUUGCUGCAGCCAUCAGCCAACAUCUGCCUGAUAGUGACACCGAUUCCGACACAAGUGAAAAUGGAAAUAUGCAUGAUUUUUCCAUCGCUCUAGAGGAUAUGGAAGAGCUAAUAUUAAAAUUUACACCUAGCCAACUAGCACAAGAAGAAAAUUUUGAAACAGAUCUGCCACAGAUGGAUGGGUCGGAUGAUUUGCUGUUGAAAACGCCUACUAAAACUGCAUGUAGAUCGAGAGCGGGUAACAACACAAAUGUGAAAACUUCUCCGCAAACGCCUAGGGCUCCUGGGCAAAAUCGGGCAAAUCUAUCACCGAAGCGAUCACCACGAACGCCAAAAUCGAGUGCAAGCAAGAAAUAUGCGCCAUUACCGUUAAAAAUCACUUGUAAAAUGAAUGAAAAAAGCAUAGCUAAAGACAAUGAACCAACUCCAGCGCGACAUUCAGUUUUGAGAAAUUUAGAACUCGGUAGCGACGUCUCUAAAAGUACAAAAAUGACACUAAGUAAAAAGCUGGCACUAACCACAUUGCGUCGGAAAAGUUUAGACUGGAAUUCAUGCACAUUGCGGGAAGAGAUUGCCACAAGAAAUGAAGUGGCUAAUGAUGGAAUUUCUAAAUGCACUCCUAUUCGACGCUCCCGAAAAACUAAGGACUUAGACAAAACACACAUUACUUGCGAGCUUACACCUCGUAGAAAAAAUAAAGGACUCUUAAAGGUCUACAGCAUUGAAAAGAUAGCGAAAGAAACAGAGCAGGGAACCGAUCAAAUUCAGCCUAGACGUUCAAAUCGGAGGCCUAAGCCAACUGACGCUGAGGUUAGUCGAAAAGAUAUUCAAAAUGGUCAAGAUUUUUCGACAACCAAUAAAACCCAUGCCCAUAAUAUUCGAAAGUGUGUGGUAAAAAUUAAAAGAAAUGCAAUGCGAAUAAGUGCUGAUUGUUCCAAUUCUUCUGAAAUGCGAAAAGAAAAAGCCAGUACUAAUGAUAGUAUACUUGGCGCUAAAAAGAUUAAAAUGACCACUCCUGACCGGCAACAGCAAGCGAACAGUAGCACAAUCUCAGCAGGUCUACAGUAUAACACAAAUGGAAAUGAAAAAGAGAUGCAAUUGGCAAAGGACAUUGCAAAUUCCCUAGAUAACUCGAACGAAAGCGAUGAAAUAGCGGCGUCAGACACAGAAGACGUCACUACUACAGUUGGCGCAAAGCGCCUGCGCAGAAGCUUUCAUCUGAUACAGCGAAGAAGUAUGCUCAAAAAUAAUGUUGUUUCCAAUAAACACAUUGAACCGACUGAAAGAGUUGAGAACUUCAUCGAGCUGGCCACUUCACCAACAAACGAGCUUAAAAUAGAUGAUGAUCUUGCGGAUUCUGACGAUUUGCAUAUCCAAAGCUUUUAUGAUGCAUCUUUUACGGAUGAUUUAAGUAUCCCAAUAAAUUCUGAUGAAAUUUUGAGUCCAAUAGUAGGCAUUGCACCACAAACCUGUUCAUCCCUCCAGGUAUUUAGAGAAGAACCCAAUAGUCCCAUGGAAUGUUGCCAGUCGCCUGGGGUCAAUAAAAAUGCCGAGCAAGGACAUGGUUCAAGUGCAAAUAGAAGUAAUAUAUCGCCGCAAAUAUCAGAGUAUACAAAGCAUUUAGUACAGCUAACACUACUUAAUACACCACCAACUUAUGAUGAGGUAUUGGCGAGCUGUGAAAAGCUUGGAAUUCCUGAAUAUGAAUUUCAAACACCUUUCUAUGGCAAUCCGAAUGACAUAACAAAGCUGAAGGAAGUGGGCCAUAUUAUUUUGCAUAUUCCAGGAAAUACGCUUAAUGACUGCAACGAAUUCAAAAGUGUGUUGGGGGAUGAGCUUAGAGGCCUUAAUGAGUGGCGCCGUCGGAAGCUGUUGGCUAUUGGCGGCCCUUCAGCACUUACCACACCAUCUCAUCGUAAUAGUCAGCGCAUUCGGGAGUACUUUGCCGAACCGCGACGAGUAAUGAUGACACCUCAAAUGCAUCCCCCUACUCGUCAAGAUGCCAAGCUGUGGUUAAAGGCCCGCAAUCUUUUGUCCAAUGGAGAAACAUCUACUCAACAUAGAGUUAAUUUAGAAGAAAGUCCUAUAAAAGUACGACGCCAAAAAAUAUCAAUGAUACUAAACGAUGGCACGGGUGAAGAUGACGAGGAGAGUAUUCUGAACAGUACAAAUUUCAUAACAUUUACUCCACCAACGCCGGCAGCGAAUGCGGAAAAGUCAUCAAAAUUAAGAAAUGUGAUCAAGCCAGAAAAUGCUACGAAUGAAGAUCUGAGUAUGAAAUCGCGCGAAAGGCGCUCUAAACUUUGUUUGAAUAAAAAGUUAAUGGCUAGCGUCAGCCCUGAAAUAAGCGUAGUAACAACAGAUAAUAGUUUAACGGCAUCUCAAAUUGAAAAAAGCAUACAGACCCCGAAUAGCGAACAAUGUUCGGCUUCUAACGACUCAACAAUCUCAAGCCAAAUAGUAUCGGAUGCGCUAAAGCGAAGCUCAUUUAUAAAAGAUUUGCUGGACAACAAACCAAUAAGCUCAAAUGAGCUGAGUUACGGGUUGAACAGUGCGUCGCUGGAUAAUACUUUUGGUUUCAAAGUAAAUUUUGAAAACUUGCAGCAAGCUAAAUCCGAUGUAGAGUGCAAUUAUAUAACAACCAUAAUUUUGGAGUUAUUUGUACCCACGCGUGAUAAUCUGCUUCCUGAUCCUGCGUUCGAUGAAGUGCGUUGCAUUUUUUAUGCCAUCGAACAUCGCUCGCCAGCAACGCCAAACGCGGACAUAGCACAGUUGCCACAAAAUGCUUGUGGCUGCAUCAUUGUAAAGGAUAUUGGCAGUGAGCAGGACUUCCGUAUGCUUGGCACGGGUGGCAAUGAUGAUAUUGCGAUGCGUUUCGUAAGCACCGAAAUUGAAGCAUUCGAAUCACUUGUGGAAUUGUGUAUGCAAUGGGAUCCUGACAUAUACGGUGGUUAUGAAAUCGAGACGGCGUCUUGGGGAUAUAUAUUGGAACGUGCUAAGCAACUUGGUUUCAAUAUUGCGCCUUUGCUGUCCCGUGUGCCGACGCAGAAAGUACGUGAAUAUGUAGAUGAGGAUCGUGAGCACUUCACAGAUUUGGACAUAGAGAUGAAGUUAUGUGGUCGUAUACUCUUGGAUAUCUGGCGUUUAAUGCGUUCUGAAAUUGCGCUCACCUCAUACACAUUCGAAAAUGUUAUGUAUCACAUUUUGCAUAAACGCUGCCCAGCCCAUAAUCACCGCGCACUUACCGACUGGUUUGAUGUGCCCCCUACGCGUUGGAUUGUCAUUGAAUAUUAUGUGGAACGUGUGCGUGGGACGCUGGCAUUGUUAGAGCAGCUGGAUCUGAUUGGCCGCACCAGUGAGAUGGCAAAGUUGAUUGGCAUACAAUUCUAUGAAGUGCUGUCACGUGGCUCACAAUUUCGAGUGGAAAGUAUGAUGUUGAGGAUAGCAAAGCCGCGAAAUCUAGUGCCACUAUCACCGAGCGUGCAACAGCGCGCCCACAUGCGUGCCCCUGAAUAUUUGCCGUUAAUUUUAGAACCACAGUCACGGUUCUACGCUGAUCCUGUUAUAGUAUUAGACUUCCAAAGUCUUUACCCGAGCAUGAUAAUCGCCUAUAACUACUGUUUCUCUACUUGUUUGGGCCGCGUGGAGCAUCUGGGACACUCCACGCCAUUUGAGUUUGGCGCCUCCCAGUUACGCGUGUCGCCAUCAAUGCUGCGUCACCUAAUCGACAAUGACCUCAUCACCAUAUCGCCUUGUGGUGUUGUUUUCGUUAAAUCCUCAGUACGCGAGGGUAUUUUACCACGUAUGCUCAGCGAAAUUUUAAAUACUCGUCAAAUGGUUAAACAGUCCAUGAAGUUAGACAAAUCGAACUCAGCGCUUCAGCGUGUGCUCCAUUCGCGUCAGCUGGGACUCAAACUAAUGGCGAAUGUAACAUACGGCUACACAGCAGCCAAUUUCAGUGGACGAAUGCCUGCCGUCGAAGUAGGUGAUUCUGUUGUUGUAAAAGGUCGCGAGACGCUGGAACGUGCAAUCCGUAUGGUCGAGUCGAAUGAAAAGUGGCGGGUGCGAGUCGUAUACGGCGAUACGGACUCGUUAUUCGUGCAGGUGCCUGGACGAAAUCGUGAGCAAGCUUUCAAAAUAGGCGAAGAAAUCGCAGAGGCAGUCACCAAAGCUAACCCGCAACCAGUUAAAUUGAAACUGGAGAAGGUGUAUCAACCCUGCAUACUACAGACAAAGAAACGUUAUGUCGGGUAUAUGUAUGAAACGGCAGAUCAAACGGAACCAGUGUAUGAGGCCAAGGGCAUUGAGACGGUGCGGCGUGACGGUUGUCCGGCUGUUGCAAAAAUACUGGAGAAGAUAUUACGUAUCUUGUUCGAAACGACGGAUGUAAGCCAAAUAAAGCAAUAUGUUUGCCGCCAAUUCAGUAAACUCCUGGCUGGACGUGCGAAUUUGCAAGAUUUAAUAUUUGCAAAGGAGUUUCGGGGAUUGAAGGGGUACAAACCAACUGCUUGCGUGCCGGCAUUGGAGUUGACGAGAAGGUGGAUACAGACCGAUCCUCGUCGUGUGCCUCGAUGUGGUGAGCGCGUUCCAUACAUAAUUGUCAAUGGGCCACCAGGCGUGCCAUUAAUACGACUUGUACGCAGUCCAUAUGAAGUCUUAGCUGACGAAGGUUUGAAGAUCAAUGCGAUCUACUACAUCACAAAGGCUAUAAUACCGCCACUUAAUCGUUGUUUGCUGCUCAUCGGUGCUGAUGUGAAUGAGUGGUUCGCCAGUCUGCCGCGCAAACUGCUCCUUGCACCACCAGUUUCCGCAGCUAAUCAACUCACCAGCAGUAAUAGCUUGGCUGCAGCGAAUUAUUCGAAGAAGAGCACAAUUUCACAGUAUUUUUCAGUCACUAAUUGCAUUACAGACUGCGGACGCCAAACAAAGGAUGGAAUCUGUGAGAAAUGCGAACGACAACCACAACGCACGUUUGUCACGUUGCAUGGAAAAAUAGCCAAAAUAGAACGUGGCUAUCAACUGAUUCAGCAGAUAUGCCAGGCGUGCUGCGACCGCGUAGGCGAGAUCAAUUGCUGUUCCCUGGACUGUCCCGUAUUGUACAUGAGUGAGGUUAAACGACGGGACUUGCAGCAAAUUGAGCAUAUGCGCAAACUGAUGGCAGAGAAAUUUUAAUGUCUGCCGAUAGUUUUUGACAUGCGUUAAAUAACUAUAUCACAUAGACUUAUCGACAAGUUCCGACAACUAAUUUGAUUCUUAUUUAAUUUUAACAAUUUUUCGUACAUAGCAGCU